AUGUUUUUGCACAUCUUCGAGUAUAAUCUGAGGAAUCGGUGCCAGUUCGAAGGAAGUCUCCCAUAUUGGGACUGGACUUUAGACUGGAAAGAUCUCGCAGCAUCGCCGAUAUGGGAUGAUACUUUUGGCUUCGGUGGGGACGGAAAUGUAUCAAGCACUAGUCCGUUCGGAGAUGGAUCACACUGUGUUACUACUGGACCAUUCGGUGGACUUAAACUUCUAUAUGCAAACGGCACUGUCUCGCCACACUGUCUCUCGCGCGGAUUCACCUAUUACGAAACUGGAAAGAAAGGAGCAAUAUCUGGGGAACACCUCCGACCCGAAGACAUUGAAGGAUUGAUGCAGGAGCGGCAUUAUAAUGGGUUUCGCAAUAUGACCGAGUAUCUACUCCACAAUGCUCUACACUGGGGCCUACAUGGGGACUUUAGUCAAUGGUCUUCAGCGAAUGAUCCUAUAUUCUACCUCCAUCAUGCUCAAUUGGAUAGAUUAUGGUGGUUUUGGCAACAGCAAAGACCAGAACGCCUUACUGAGUACUUCGGCUCCACAACUAGCAGUGCAAACUUGUUCGAUAGCCUAUCAUUCAUGGAUCUAUGGAAAGAUGUAGAAGUGGGAGAAGCGGUUAGAGCGGACGGUAAUCUACUUUGCUACAGCUAUUAG